AUGAAGAGCUGCUUUGAGCAACCCACAGACAUCUUGCGUUCAGUCAUAUAGGAAAGGCAUACCUGAGCUGUAACCUUGACUCCAAAACAUCCUUGCUUAGUGAUCCACGGAUGCUACCUUUAACCUAUGAAGGCCGGAAAAAUGGGUACCAGUGACUUGCAAAUUCAGAACGGAAGGAUGGACAGACUAAAACAAAAUAAAACAGUAUGCGUGAUGAGUGUAGAUUCAAGGGUCGCCCUAGUUAAUCACUGUGGAUUUAAGGAUUGAAGAUUCCAAGUCCCACGGAUUCAGGAUUCCGAGUUCAAGAUUCCUGCCUUGUGGAUUCAAGGCUAAAAUAUUCCACACACCAUUCGCUACAUCAGAAAACUCACAAAAGCAUGGCGCAUGAAGACUUACACAGUGAUCAUGAGAUGGCCGCACCGAUUUCACAUCAUCCCGUGAAUGCUUGUUAUGUCUUUCGAUUAUUGCCUUCAUACUUCAAAUAAAAUAGGAAAUAGAAUAUGUGAGCAAGGAUAAAAUAGUCAAGGCCUUCAUUGCAUCUAAUGCUGUUUCACAAAAUCCUAAGAAAAUUUACAAGAAACUGAUUAGUUUAACUGAUUAAACUACCUAGAGACUUCUUCCAAGCUCUCACCUCAAAGCUGUUCUUCGCUGUUGAGGCUAUCACACUUUGACAUUUUAAAUAAGAAUGUGAUGAUGAGCACUUUGAAAUUGUAGUAAGUCGCAAAUAUGAAUGACACUUUUUCGCUUUCAUGGCACUAUGGCAUGUCCUUGAGUAAUCCAACAUAAACACCUCAUGCAGAAACUUACCUUCUCUAAAGCCCAUAUUCUCUUCUAAAAUAUGGCACAUAAAAUGUAGCUCAUAAAUUGUAUUUCGCAGAUAUAUUCUCAAAAGACUGGAAAUAAUCAGAUUUGGCUAUUCAUUGUGUAGAAAACUUGCCCUUAUUAAGCAUAGAAUAACACCGAAACGUAAGUUUCCACACUCUUUGGCGAAAAAUAUAUAGCCAAUACCGUGCUAUGAUCUAAUCAACCAUCAGAAUAAUACUAGUAGAUUGUAUUCUAUUCUCAAUCAGUGAUCAGGAUGCUUAACAAUUGCGUUCUCUCUUUCAUAUGACUUGAUGACUCCAGUUGGGCUCGGCAAUUCAAGGCCAAUCUAACCAAUUUUUCAACUGGCUAAUUUACGUCAAAUGAAAAAUAAAAAACUUUGUUCUGAAGGUGGGCAUUGUCAUCUGGUAGAAAUAGUAGAACAAGGCCAUGGAACAACAGCACUUAAUGCCUCUGAGUUUUUAUGCCCGAUAGAAAGCCAAAAAAUGAAACAAUAUGUCUGGCCUUGACCAGCAUAGAAGUCCUAAUAACCUUGCUUGAAUUCUUUUGACCUUUUUAUUCUCUUCAUUCGAUCCUACGGAAAUAAGAACUGAUGAUAACUAGGGUUCGAAUUUUCACCAAUAUCUUUAUUAGCAAUAGUAUGAAGCCAAUUGGGUGCAACUUAAAGAACACUGAAUGCCAUUAAUCUGCAAUUACGAACUCCUUCCUACGCAUUAACGAUCAUUGACAAUUGUGUUAGUGUAAUUCCAUAAAUGCAAGCCCAUGUGAUAACUGAAGAACAAUAGCAGUAGAACAAGAAUGGAACCCAACCCAACCGGGGGAUUAAAUUUGACACACGAAGGCACAAGAAAACUCAUUGGGAACAAUGCCCAAGAACCUACUCACGAGGGCCAACCCAAUGAAAGGUAGACCCAUCUGACUAUAGUUUAGUACCUCAUCUUAACGUGUUUCAAUUACCAUAAUCUAAACAUGAAUGAUUAGUGAGAAAUAUGUAAGUUAUAAGAAAAAGGCUAGUUUUUGGAAGCAUGGAACAGUAGCAUCUAACAAAACGGAUCGGUCAUGAUUGGCCGUAGAAAAGCAACCGAAAUAAUUCAUAACGUGGCCAUCCUAUGAAGAACUCACUACUCCGUUGCCAAUAGAAAGAAAGGUAAUCACGGUUAUGUUACUCAUGAACGAGAUAAUGCACCUAGAACCGGGAAAAACUUCAUCCGAGGUAAGGGUUACAAAGGCUAAGGUUAAUCUGAGUUCAAAUGAUAAAUUACACGAAAAAUAUUCACUACUAGUGAGACAAACUAGCCGACUUAAGUACACUCACAGUUCCAUAUCUUAAAACCCUGUCAAGGAAACAGCAAGUUGUGGCCUAAUCUGUUUUCAUCCUGUAUGGGACAAAGCUACACCCUACUUGUACCUGUAAGUUAUGAAUAAAAGUUAAGCUAUACGCAAACUGCUGUUCUCAUCAUCCACGCUCUAGGUUCGGUCGGCUUCGUUCGGCUAUUCUCCGUAGCUCUCUCUCUCUCCUACUUGCUCGCUCUUCUCUCCAUCUCUCUUUCUUGCGACCUAUCUAUCCAUAUCUUUAUCUAUCUAUCAAUCAACCAAUUAAUGCAAGCGUGCACACCGUUCAGAACCUCCUCGUUCUAUGCGUCCCCUGGUUUCCACUCUCCUCGGUGUUUCUCCUCUCUUCCACACCGUUCGAGAGCCCUAGUUUUCCAUUCUCACGAAAACCACAACAAGCAAAAGAAAAAACUACGACUCCGACUAAGAAAGAUAAGGAUGGAGAGAGGAGUGAAGAAGAUUCGACAACCAGCAUGCGAUAAACUACAACACUUGCACCCACACGUACGGGAUAUGGACUGCCGUAUGAGGAUGCGGCAAGAAAGGGAGAAAGCAACACAUAAUAGGAGAGUGUCAGACACAGAGAGAGCUCGAAAAGGGCCUAAAAGGAAAGGAUCUGCACCUGUUGCUGGAAUAUUCGAAAAGUUUGCCGUUGGAGGAAAAGAUGAUCAACCCCACUUCGGCAUCACAGAGUAUGGCCAGCUCUUUCGCUUUCUUGAACAGGCCCCUCCGUCGCUUCGAGAAGGUCACCUGCCUCGCGGUCUUGUUGUCUAUCUUCCUAAUCUUGAUCUUCCCCCUCGCCAUGCUUUUAUUCUCUGUCCUCCAACUUCUUUUGCCUCAUCACAUCGCUCGCGGAUCGAUCCAACGGUGCCCUACAAAAUGGAAGAAUGGAUAA